AUGUCUGGAAGAGGCAAAGGUGGAAAAGGACUCGGAAAAGGAGGCGCUAAGCGUCAUCGUAAGGUUCUCCGUGAUAACAUCCAGGGUAUCACCAAACCCGCCAUCCGUCGUCUCGCUCGGCGUGGUGGUGUCAAGCGUAUUUCCGGUCUGAUCUACGAGGAGACCCGCGGUGUGUUGAAGGUGUUUCUGGAAAAUGUUAUCCGUGACGCCGUCACCUACACCGAGCACGCCAAGAGAAAGACCGUCACCGCUAUGGAUGUCGUGUACGCGCUGAAGAGACAAGGACGCACACUUUUGGAGGUUAAACGAUUAAAAGAAAAACAAAACCCAACGGCUCUUUUAAGAGCCACCCAAACUUUCAGCUAA